AUGCGUCCCCCCCACGUCAAGUUGUUCUUACACUCCAAUCUCCCUCCACCUCCCUCAUCAGCUAUCAAUGGGCCAUUCAUGAUUGUCCCUUCAGCGAGGCGCGUAACAGGCCGGGCCUGGGCCUUGGCUGGUAGUUACGGCUUCACCCGCCCCCGAACGUUACGAAAAUAUAGCUCUGAAGUCGCGUCGCAGAGCGAACCAUCUGCCGUCAAGAAACGCCCCCAGUUUCACGAUUACUUCGUUACGCAUUUACCGUCGUCCUCACUCCAUCCGGACCCUCGAGGACCAACCUCUCCCUUUCACAAACUACCUCGUUCGGCCUCAAUACCACAUGUCGGCGAUACAUCGCACUCGCCGACGGCAUUCCAGAAUCUGGUAGACCGUGACAUGACAGUGGUCCGAAUCCCGCUUCGCAGCGCCAAGCAUCACUUCGGAGCCGUCACUGCUCGCGGCACACGGCCCAGGAACGAAGAUACAUACCAAGCCGGCGUCAUCGAUAUUCCUGCCUUCGCGAAGCGGCCACCGGCGUCAAUUACCAUCAAUCGAUCCAACAGGCGAAACCCCGCACCCUCUUUGCGCGAGUCGCGAGCCGCGGACACGGCCAAUGGGGAUCCGCAAGUCUUUUAUUUCGGAAUUUUUGACGGGCAUGGCGGAUCCGAGUGCAGUACAUUCUUGCAGGAAUAUCUUCACGAAUAUAUUCAGAACUCAGCUGCAGAUUUCGAGCUACAAUCGAGUCUUCGUACAAACCAACAACGGGUGAGUUGUGGGGAAGCCGCAGCAAGCUCAGCUCCUACCGGUUCCCUUCCGGUGAUGCAGGAGGCCAACCGAAAACGCAUUGGAGAUCUGGAGAAGAACCUCGUCCAGAAUUGGCGCCGACUGGUUGGCGGUUAUUUCAAGAGAUUCAAACCGCCUCAGUUCACCUACUACGGGCCCGACACUUCCACGGAUACCGCAUCUAAAGGCUAUGUCGCCAUUGAGGAGGUCAUGGAGUAUGCUUUCUUGCGUGCCGACUUGGAUUUUGUCAAGGCGCAGGCAGCCAAGCGCGAUGACGAUCUUGCUCAAGCGGAGAAGCCGUUAAACGAGGAUGAAAUUCUCCACAGUCCUAGCUUGACCCGAACUCCGAAGAUCGGUGGCCGGUCGCGAUUCAAGGGUGGAAGUACCGGCAGUAUUGCCCUGAUUUCAACUCCCAGCCCAACGCCUUUUUGGCACCCAGCCGGCCCGUCGAGUUUGCUCGUGGCCCACGUGGGCGACACUCGGGUUUUACUCUGUUCGACUCUGACCGGUCAAGCUAUCCCACUCACUUCCAAUCACCACCCGUCCUCACCUAUAGAGGCAGGACGACUGCGCCGCUACGCCGCCACAUUCGUGACCGAUUCAUUCGGCGAGGAGCGCAUGAGCGGACUAGCUAACACCCGCGCAUUCGGCGAUGUCCAAUCCAAGCGCAUUGGCGUCUCCGCCGAGCCUGAGCUCUGUCGCGUCGAAAUGGCCCCCGCCGAGUUUUCAUUCAUGGUCAUGGUCUCUGAUGGUAUCAGCGGCACCCUGCAAGACCAGGAGAUCGUCGAUAUUGUCAAAGAAGCUCGAACUCCUGAACAAGGCGCGCGCGAUGUGGUCAGCUUUGCUACCGAGGUGACCAGAGAAGGCGAUAAUGCUACUUGCCUGGUCAUUCGACUCGGUGGUUGGGAGCGACGAUUGGAAGGUGGCGUGGGUAGUUUGGGAACCAAGGAGUCUCGCGAGUGGCGGCGACAGGAUGCCACCGAUCCGCGCAGGUCACGGACGUGA